AUGCCAACUAAAUACUACGUCCAUGGAUUCAAGGUUUUUAGCAUCUUGUGCUCACUGUUUGCUAGUGUUGCUGCAUUCUGUGCAAGUGGUUUUGCUUUAAUCCAUCUUGUCCGGCUUUAUAAGAGUACUUGUCAACCAGCUAAUGAACUACAUGCUAUUUGUGUUUGCAAAGCUGCUGCCUAUGCACUUACUUAUCCAGAUUUAAAUUGUCCAGAAGUAGGUGUGGAAUGUUCUGUCUGUCUUACUAAUUGGCUCAAGUGCAGCAAAUGGUAUCGCUGGCUUCUUAUCUGCAUGGUAUGUGAUUCUUCAUUGGACAUCAAGAACACCACGAAGUUACACAAAAGUUGCAACUAA